AGCCGGGCACCCUGCCCGACACAACGGCCACUCUCGUGACUCGCUCAUCCUCGCGAAUGCGAGCAACCCUCCCAAGCAGCCAGAACCACAGAGUCUUCCUCAACGAAUAACAACAGGCACCUGCGAGAGAGGGUGCUUAAAUGAGAGGCAGAGGGAUGCAAGACUGGCAGGCGAGUCAGUGGCGCAGCGCGGUUCCGUAAUUCCACAUCUCCGGCUAAUUUGAAAAUCCGCUGACACGCUCUGCACACGCCGUGGCCCGUGACAAAAGAGUAAUACCGGAUCGACAAGUGCGGGCGCUUCAAAUUGCGAAGAUGCUUCCCACUAACGUUAUGUCUUUUAUGAAGAAGAUGGUGACAGCGCACCCGGAAUCCGGAAGUAUCGGAACCUCCGGUGGAUCCGUAACGCCUGAAGAAACGGCUACGACAUUCAGCAAACUUCGUCAACUGGGGAGCGGACUGAUGACAGCCACGGGGAACGUGACGAAACUCAGUCCGGCGAAGGUGACGCCGCCCGCCGAUGAGAACCAAACGGGUCAGGGGUCCGUAACGCCGUCCUCGACCCCGUCCUCGCGUCCCUCGGAUCCUGCAAAACCGAAAGCUGAACCGGGCAGACCAGCCAGCAGGGCAGGUGCCUGCAGAGUCUGCCUCAAAUCGUUCAAACCUACGGACUUUUCGAGAACCUGUUACGAGUGCCAACAUAAAGUCUGCGAAGACUGUGCCUCCUACUCCACAAGCACCGACACCGAAGACUCGUCCACGUGGAGAUGCAGCGUGUGUCGCCGAAAAAUGGCCUCGAGGGGACAACCAGUGGUCACUCAAGAGUCGACGGAUUCGUUGUUGGAGGUUCCUGUCUUGGAAGCAUUGCAGAGACGACACAGUGACGCUCGACUAGGCUGCCAAAGUGGAAAUCAAACGAGCAGCCCGGGAAGUGGACUUGCGCCACCCAGGAGUCCCGAGCUCAGACGCCAUUCGGACGUGUCGCCAGCCAGCCUAAAGGAACUUGAAAAGUUUCGAAAGGUUGCAGGAGAGCGUCGGGAGGAGCUCAGGUGGGAACGAGAAUUGGAGUGGAGGAGCAAAUCGAGAGGCGGAUCGCCAGACAGAGGUCGCUCGAGCAGUCCCCAAAGAGGCGCAGUUCCGAGCCAAGCUGGCGCUACUGUCCUCGCGAAUAGCCCCACCUGCUGCACUGUCAGUACCCCCAGCGUCAACGUCGUCGCAGGUGCAAACACGGUUUCUUCCGGCGGCGGCGUCACGUCGAACACCGAAGCCGAGGCAACAGUUGAAUCGAUUGGUACUGGCGACGAAGAAGACGAACGCUGGCGUCGUUCUCGUCGCGGCGGCGGUACUGUGCGCCGAAAGUCGAGAGUAACGCGACAACGUUCCUACGACGACGAAAUAAAAACGACGAGUACAGUGCUGCCUGGCGGACUACUUUCUAGCGGAGGCGGAACUGUUUCCGGCGGCAGUGCUCAUCCGGAAUCGGGACUUCCACUGCCUGUCCAAUUGUCAAGGAGAGCCUCGGCAUACGAUGUCUGCACAACGUCCGGCUCGGUGGCAGCCUUCAACAACAUGGCGAUUGUCGCGGCUCAACAAAGGGGCUCUGUUUCCGCGCAAGGCUCGCGAGAACCAGAAGAACGAUCGAUGUCGAGAAGACCAUCUUUCCGAGCCACCAAGCCAUCGGCGAUGCCCUAUGAAAUGGAUCCCGAGGAGGAAAAGAUCGUCAGUCUGGAUGCUGCUCCAAGUGAUAUGUCAUCCAGCGCUUUGGCUCUCGGCGUAAAUGCACCUACGGGCACCUCGACCUUUUCUCAGCACUCUCAACAGACAGCACUGGGUCCCGACGAAGACAGGCGUAACAGGCGACGAGGCUCUCAACUGCCUGAUAUCAACGCAAUAAGAGCCCUACCGAAUGUUCUCGGGAGUGCAUCUGGCAGCGCAAAGGUCUCCGGAGGUGCGAUGGCCACGGCUCUUGCCGGAAGGGUGGCCGUGGACGAGCGCGAGCUGCCUCGCCAGGGAAGUCUUGUUGAUGGAGAAGGCAUCAAGAUAGUUAUUCACGACGUCGACAGCGACCUUGUAGGGCGUGUGAACGCCAAGAGGAGAGUGGUACUUCGUCGAGAUCCUCUGAUGGACAAGGGACAUAGAGCUCGAGGCUUCGGAAUGAGAGUUGUGGGAGGAAAAACUGGCUCGGACGGUCGUAUGUUCGCCUACAUCGUGUGGACCGUUCCAGGAGGACCGGCUGAGAAAGCAGGACUGCAGCAGGGAGACAAGGUGUUGGAAUGGGCCGGGGUCUCCUUGAUCGAUCGCAGCUUCGAGGAGGUGGCGCAGAUAAUGGAACGGACUGGCGACAUUGCCGAGCUCGUCGUCGAGCAUGCAACCGACAUAAUUGGAGAUUUGCUCGAUGACCCGGGAAUUAUGGGAGCUAGCGGAAAGGCACCGACCAGCCUUGGAUUGCAACUUGAAACAGAAACGGACAAAACGCCCUCGUCGCCGAACCGCAGAAAACUACCAAAAACACCGGAACAAAUCGCAAAAGAGAGGCAGGUGUCCGGACGCGUGCAAAUUCAAGUUUGGUACGAGGCCGAGCGAAAGGAAUUGGUCGUCUCCCUAUUGGCGGCGGACGAGCUCUGCGCUCGCGAGGACACCGGAUACGGAACUGCCCCGGAGGCAUAUGCAAAACUCGUCCUCGUACCACCUUGUGGGGGAGAGCAAAGUUCUUUGAAAACGGACGUGGCGGAGCCAACGCAAAAUCCAAUUUGGAACGCCACACUGAACUUUUGUGGUGUUGCCGGCGAUGAGCUGAUGGACCGCAGCAUCGAGGUCACCCUCUGGGAUUACUGUCCUGACCGGGACAGCGUAUUCCUAGGAGAGUGUACGGUCGAACUGCAGAAGGCUUUCUUGGACGAUCGAGCAGUCUGGUAUCGGCUGGAAGAUCCACGAGGUCUGCGAUACGGGAAGUCACCACAUUGCUCGCCACGCGGUUCACUAUCAACGGAGAUAGCGCAGCGCCUCCUCCGCAAAAGCGAACUGCGGGAACGCAGCUUCAGCGACGACACGCAAAGUGACUCGGGAAGUCCUGAGCCGUGUUUUCUCCAUCCGGAUCAUGCUUGGCAUGCUGGUUCAAGACGUGGUUCCAGCCAAUCGGAACAGCUCGAAGUCGAGCCUUACGAGCUUAACAAGGACUACAGUCGGUCUCUGCCAGGCAGCCGGCGCAGCAGCUUCCAAAGCCAAACGGGUAACGGAUGUGGAAACGGUACCGGAACGGAUAGCAAACGCGGCAGUGUGGGAGGAGACACGGAUGGGGCAGUCGUCCAUUACAAUCGGGAGCGAAGACGAAGCUCUUGCGCUCGAGGAUUGCGAGACCCGGACGAAAUUUUGCGUUCCUUGAAGGCGGUCAAAGGCGAACUCGGCAGAACCAUGAGCCUUUCUUCCUCCGCGUCCUCGGAGAAGCGACGCGGCAGUCGGCGGCGGGGUGAGCGCAAGGACAGUGUUAUGGACAUACCAGAAAAGUUGCCAGACCGAAAUAGCGAGUCCGAGAUGGAAGAAAAGUGGAGUCAGUGGACGAAGGGAGAGGAAGCAAUGGACAUGAAGCUUGGACCAGGUCAAGUCGCACCAAAAGGACUGAAGCCGAUAAGCGGAGUGCAAAAUGGCCAGGUCAAGCUAGGUCUCUUUCUCAGCAAGGGGACUCUCGAUGUAGAAGUGAUCUCGGCGCGCGGGAUAUGUCCGCGGGAACGAGCGGAGCCAGAUACUUACGUAAAGACAUAUCUGCGCGAUGGUGAACGUUGGCUACAAAAGAGAAAGACACGCGUGGUGCGUCACUCCCGGGAGCCUCAAUAUCGGCAGACCCUCAAAUAUGGAAGCUGCGAUGCCCUCGGACGAAAUCUUCUGGUAAUGCUCUGGGAACGAAACAUUGGAUUUGGAAGCAACCAAGGUCUUGGCGGGGCCGAAGUAAACCUCGACCUACUUCCUUUAACGCGACUGACCGUCGGCUGGUAUCCUCUCUUUCCUAUCCACACCCUCGGCACCCAGAACUCAGCCGAUUCCCCCUGAUGGUUGCGAGAAAAAUGGGCCCUCGAAGCUGGAGAACUCGACCUUCGCUUGAGUCUUCUUCUCAAAGACGAGGGAGAGUCCAUCGUAAAGAUAAUUUCCUGAUAGGAAGGGGACAGGUCGUAUCCCUACUCCAUUUCCUUGCCUUAUAUGGUCAACGGGCGAACAGGGAAUGACCCCCAUCAAUUAAAUUUAAUGUCACUCGACGCACUGACAAUCACACAUGGAAGGCAAGUCCUGACUGACGGCCUUACAAAAUAUCGUCCUAAGUAUUAUCGACAAAUGCAAUUAUGAAAAAUUGACAAUCAGACAGAAGAUGGUCUUGUUGGUCCUGUUGGUCCUGUUGGUCCUGUUGGUCCUGUUGGUAAAGGCUGCUUCGCCAACCGCCAAGAGGCUCCUCGCUGGAGGUCACUCGCGGCACAUUCCCUUCUCUCGACCAUUACCUACGACUAUAUCGAACCUUAACUUAUUGUUAGUUCGAUUCUUCGAGUCGAGCCUUUGUCAUUAAUUACUAGUGAGAAUGGACAUUUAAAAUCGAGACAUAGAAGCCAAGUGUAACGUAACACAGCAUAAAAGAACUAACCGAACAGAGUUACUCUGAGCUAAAAAGUUCAUUUCAAGCAAUACAAAAUGACACCGAGCAUCAAUAGACACGUAGACUACGUUAGCAAUAAUGCCGUACCUGCGCGUUAUUUUGUAUUUCACGUUUAAAGAGGCACGCUGGCAUCUAUCAUCUCCCAUCGAAAUUAUGCCGAGGGUCCAUUUUUCUUAUCGUGAAGCGUCACUCCUCGCUCUCACUCUUCGUGUCCAAUGUAUACGCCUAAUAAUCCUCGAAUCAAUGAAGAACAGGCGAACCAACUAUUGAGCAUUACAAUUACUUCACUUGAUGCAAAGUAAUAUGAAAUUCAAUACUUUUUGGUAUCGAGAGGUCAAUAGUUACACACGUUUAAAAUGCUGGUGGGAAAUUGGAUGAGCAGUGGACGAGACAGACGAUUUACUGGUCGCGUGAUCUCGCUGGUCGAGACGAGAAUGUAGCCAACACAUGACGAAGAGCUAGAAUGACCGCGAUAAUCUUUCCAAUUGCGACAUUUAUAGCUAUCACGAAAAACAAAAAAAAAAUUAUGAAGAUCAAUCCUUGACAAGAUUGGAAUGGAAUAUAAUAGGUUAGGUUAGGUUAGGUUAGGUUAUAUCUAAAGCCCUAGAGACUUACUUGCAGUAAAGAAGAAUGUAAAUUAAUUUUCCGAGUUUGAAAAAAAAAUGAAGUAGAUAAUGA